AGCAGUGGUGGAGCAUUACUUAUGUUACACAAUUCGCGAAUAGGAAAACGAGAGCAGUAAAAAGAAACACAGUGCACGGGAAAGUAGGCACUUGAAGACAAGACGGGAUAGAAAAGAUUAAUUCAUUGCUACGUUGAUCGUCGAAGUGAACAGGUGGCCCGAGUACAGCUCCAUCAGUAAUUCGUUGAUAACAAAAACAACGCGAAAGUUUUAACAGCAUCCAUCAUGAGCAUUUUCGAGUCGGUCGAAUUGGGCCCCCCGGUGGAGGUGUUUGCCCUGAAUAAGGCUUGCAAUGAAGAUUCCAACCCGAACAAGGUUAAUCUCGGUGUUGGCGCUUACCGAACGAACGAGGGAAAGCCAUGGAUUUUGCCGGUGGUUAAGAAAGCGGAAGCUGCCAUCGUCGCCGAUGGUUCGUUGAAUCACGAAUACCUUCCUGUGCUCGGUACGGACAACCUAACAAGCGCGGCCACCACGCUCCUGCUGGGCGAUGACAGUGAAGCAAUUAAGAGCAAACGAGCGUUCGGUGUCCAAUGUCUGUCGGGUACGGGUGCGCUUCGUGUGGGGGCCGAGUUCCUGGCGCGCAUACUGAACCGCACCACGUUCUACUAUUCGGACCCGACGUGGGAAAACCAUCACAAGUUGUUCGUGUACGCCGGCUUCACCGAACCGCGCACGUACCGGUACUGGCAUCAGGAGACCCGUUCGAUUGACUUCGAGGGUAUGAUGGAGGAUCUUGGCAAGGCGCCGGAAGGGGCGGUGGUGAUUUUGCAUGCCUGUGCCCACAAUCCAACCGGCAUCGACCCAACGCAAGACCAAUGGAAGCAGAUUGCGGAUCUGUGCGAGCACCGCAAACUGUUCCCGUUCUUCGACUCGGCUUACCAAGGCUUUGCCAGCGGUGACCCGAACAAGGACGCCUUUGCCGUCCGUUACUUUGUCGAACGUGGCUUUGAGCUGUUCUGUUCGCAAAGUUUUGCCAAGAAUUUUGGUCUCUACAACGAACGCAUCGGUAAUCUGACUGUGGUGCAGAAGGAUGCUACCACCAGUGCGGCGGUCGCGUCACAGAUUACCUGGCUUAUCCGUGGAAUGUACUCGAACCCACCGGCAUUCGGCAGCCGGAUCGUGAGCCGAGUACUGAACGAUACGGAGCUACGCAACGAGUGGAUGGAGUGCAUCAAGACGAUGAGCUCACGCAUUAUUACCAUGCGAAAGGCACUGUACGAUGAGCUGGUGGCACUGAAGACCCCCGGCACUUGGGAGCAUAUCACCAACCAGAUUGGAAUGUUUUCCUACACGGGACUAAAUGAAAAACAGGUGCAAAUUCUGAUAAAAGAGUUCAGCAUCUACCUGCUGAAAACGGGCCGCAUCAGUAUGUGCGGAUUGAAUGAAGGCAACGUGGCGUACGUAGCCAAUGCCAUCCAUGCGGCCGUCACGCGGGAAUAGUAUCCGGGUCAUGAACAUUGUACGUACGGCGGACUGCCCUGCUGAUGAACGUACGCCCUUCCUCCUAUGCUGUGCGGCUUGGCCAAGCAUUGAAUAUGAUAGAAAUCACUCUAAUCCCUAUGAACCGCAUCCCCGGCAGAAAGCAUUUUCACCAGAAGAGCCUUUUUAUUUUUUCUAAAUAUGUAUUCCAUAACAGCACCAGAAUUGAGCUAGCUUCAGUUCAUCACACAUCAAAUAGAACAACGUGGCAUUUGAAAGCCGUAGUGGAAUUUAUAAGCAAUAUAUUUAACAAUUUUUAAAACAAGAGCAACUUAAGCCAGCCAACGAAUUGAAUAAUAAUUAGGCGCGAAGACACAGUACAAUACAACAUCACUAGCACGGGUCAAUAAAUAUGUCUUAAUCGAUAAAAACGGCGAAACAAAGCGAUAGUGUCAACAAUGCGAGGAAUAAAUUAAAAAUCUCUCAUCUAGCAUGGAUAUUAUAGAAGAGUGGUAUAAUAAAAGUAUGUUCACGUUUUGGUGAUUGCCUAUAAUAAUAAUAAAAAAUAUGUUUCAUUUUAA